UUCCAUCAGCUCUGUUUGCUUCUUUUUACUUUGUGUGAGUGUGUAACCUAUGGUAUGCCAUAGACUUAAGAAUUCAUUGUACAAAAAAAAAAGAAAGAAGAAAAUCCAUUGCACAAAAGCAGAUUUUUUUUUUGAAGACAUAGUUUGUAGUCCAGGCCCAAAUGUGUUUAUUGAAUGAGUCUGAGUAGUAACUUUAAUGUUCUUUGUCACUCUGUUUUUACAUUAAAAUACUGGAUCAUUAAUAAUAAAGUGAUUUUUGUAUAUUCUAGCAUAAAGGAAGAUAACAUGGCAAAGAUAGAAAUAACAUUGCUAUCAUAUUGUCAUAAAAAUUCCCUACCUGACUUAUCUGUAUUUCUUCUCUUGAAUGAAAAAACACUCAAUUAGCACAACUAGCUGUUAUUUCUAACUUUCACACCUAACAAGCAUUAUCUUGAUUUGAAUAUGGUGAUAUUAAUUUGGUACUAAUUUUAUAGGAAUACUUUUUUUCUGUGCUUAAAUUUAAUGAGUUUGUAAACAGUGUCCAAGCUAAUACUGAGAAGUGCUUUUCAAAGCCCCCUAUAGAUAAAAAUUUUUAGGAUUAUGCCAUUUUAUAUGCUUUGUUUAGGGAGGUUGAUAGUGUAACAAUAUUUUUCUUAUUUUGAUAUUUUUGUCUAAUCUCUUCUAGAUGUUAUUAGAAAACAUAGAGCAGAUGCUAAAAUGUGAUAAUAAAUGGGCUCAAAUUUUAUUAUCCAUUUGGUUAAAGUUUGUGGUUAUUUGUGUGUAUGAAUUUGCUGUGCAUGUAUUUAGCAUGUACAAUGAUUUAAGUAUAUGUGAUAUGUCUUCUGUUUAAGUUGUGUUUCUGAUUUUCAAUGUCCAACAUCACUGUGUUUGUUAAAUACAACAUCCUCAUCAAUAUAAUGAAGGAAAAGAAAUAGUCUAUAUUGUACAUUUAUUUUAAUACUUAAAUAAAAAUUAUUAAUCUUAAUUCUAGUUUCAUUUAUAAUAGCUCUAAAUUACAAAUGACCUGAGUCACUAUCAAGAGAAUAGAUGGAUAAAUCUGUAGAGGUUUAUAAAAUUUUAAGUAAUACAACAAUAAAAAGAAAUUUCUAAUGAUAUAAGCAACCAUGUGGAUGAUUCUCAUAGAUGAGUGGAAUACCUGAUAUGGAAGGCCUGAUAUGGAGUGAAAGGAGCCGAAAUGCAUUGGUUUUCAGGGUUCUCGAGUUCCUGGAAAUUGAGGAGUAGCAAAGUGACAGGAAGAAAAUUUAUGGGGAGUUCUGGGCACCUGCAGCCUCUCACUGUGGAUGGUGGUGGGGUGCUGGGUACCCACAGCCUCUCACUGUGGAUGGUGAUCACGGUAACUCUGUGCUCACAUGGUAACUGCGUGCUCACAGUACUUACUUAGUCCUAGAAGGUAAAUUUGUCCACAUUUCCAAAGACCUGUGCAAGUUGUAGGUUAGCAACAGUGGAAAGUAGAUUAAAAUGAGGUAGGAAAAGACAGCAUGUGAAUGCCAAGGAUUUAAUGGUAACUAGAUUAGGAUGAAGUUUCUAGAUGGGGCAGUAAUGUGCUGGGUGGCAGAAUUCUCAUUAAGAAAGAGAAUCGAAAACUUUUUCCAAUUAUGGUUGGAUCAGUUAAGUUUGGAAAUACAAAACUACUGACUUGUUAUCUUUUCUUCUUUCAUGUGGGUGUAUGUGUUGCAUGCAUGUGUGCAAAUGUGUGAGCUGUAGUUUGUGUGCGAAUGUGUACACGCAGACAAAGGUUGCUGGGCAUCUUCCUUUAUGACUCUUUUACCGUAUUCUCUUAGGCAGCCCUUCUCAAUGCAGCCCAGAGCUCACAGGUACUGCUCCCCACAGCCAGCCUGCUCUGCAGAUCCCCAUCUCAAUGUGUGAAGCUGAUAUAAGCACCCUCCACUUCCACCCGAGCCUUACAUGGCUUCUGGGGCUCCGUUUUUACCUGACAGACACUUUGACCUGUGACGUGUCCCUAUCCUCACUGCUGACUGUUUUGACUCAAAGGAUUGGCUUCAGUUUCUGGGGAAAACAUUGCAGAGUAUAACUCAUAGAUUAAAAAUCUUUGUACCUCCUCAUUUGUCCUAGGAAUAUUUACCUAGAACUAAACAAAAAGUGGUGGAAGAGUGUGGUUUGUAGCAGUGCCAUUUGCCUUGUUUUCUGCAAGCAGCACCCCCUGGCCUGAUGCUCAUGACUGUGGCUGUAGAGCUCUUGAGGAUGGGUAAGGCGAGGAAGCAGUGGGAGUUUUACGACUAAAAGCCGAUCCCUUAGCCACUUAGGUUACAUUUCAGACUGUUGGGACAACUGAUGUGCGUGGUUAACCUUUUCAAGUAUAAGGCUUAUGAAAUCGGAAUAUGAAGUUAUAAGCUAGAACAUAUAGCUCGCUGCCAUCUGGUCUUCGCAGUUUGCAUCUUUCUUACACUGGUCUUUUAACAUCAGUGAUAGAGACUUUAUGACCUGAAAGAGCAAAGCUUUCUUUGGACAAUUCUGUCGAAAAGUCCUUUGCUACUGUGUUUCACCUUUGUCUUUAGCCCUUUUUCCAGGGAACAUCAAUAUAUCAUCCAAACAGAUAGCAGAUUUUGGAUACUCCAUGGUGAUGUGUACAAACUGAUCUUUCCCUUAACUCUGUUGUCUACUGCUAGAGAGUCUAUCCAGACCCUGUGUUACCGUCAUCAUUAUUCUAAGAUUUAUUAAAACAUUAUAUAUCAUGGCACCCAAAAUUUCUAAGAUGUGCAGUAUGAAUAGGAAAAAUUUAAAGACAUACUCAAAAGAGCUCCAUCUACAAAACAGAAAUUAGGUCGUGACUGUAAAUAGAAAAGGCAGGGGUUUCAGGUUAGAAAUUUGAGGAUGGAAGUUGGAAGGGCGGUGUCAGAGAUUUAUAGGUGAGCUCUAUACACCAGGAGAUCCCCUGUCCCACAAAAGACGGGAAAAUUUAUCUACAUUUCAACAGUGGCACCCCCUAAUGAUUAUCAGAAUUACCACUAUUAUAAAAAAGGACCAUGCACUCGUGUUGAAGUUAUAGGAAAAAUUGUAGAUGUUCGUUUUCUCCUCCCACCACAUAGGUCUCAGGAAUGAGAUCGGCUUCAAGGGCCCUUUGACAACAGUGUCAUCUUCCCAGCUAGAGUUCUAUUUUUGAAAUGAUUGUUAUUAAAAGAAAAAGCUCUGACGUAGUCCCUGUCUCCAUCCUUUGGCAAAGCAUUGAUAAAUUGGUGGCUCCAUUUAAUGACUAGUUUCUCAAUCUCUCAAAGCUCAGGUCAUCCAUUUCAGUAGGAGUGUAAUGUGUUGCCGGCUUUGGAAAUAAAUCCCCAAAGGAAUAUUAACAUUUUCAUGUCUACUUAUGGCUUAAUGUUCAAAUUACUUACAUGAUGAUUUUGUUUAGAACUUCCAGUGUUCUCUGGUUUGACUAUAUCAAUGUAAAUAUUUAAUCUCAGUCUUCUACAUCAUUAAGCUCAAUUAUAUCCUAUUGUGUGGGUUCAGUUCUGUUUGCACAGCUGUCAUUAGUGGAGUUAUUGCUAUGGUCAUUCACUGCAUGUUUCCAAAGAACCCCAGUGUAACACUGCUGAACCUUGCAGUAAGCACCGUGCCAAAGGCCUGCAGUGGCUUAGUUAACCAUGCUAUCUGCUGAACAGCUGGGUAACAAAUGACCUAUGUUUAUUUUCCUAAAUACAUCUCAUGUUUGUUAUUAAAGAACUACCUAAUCACAAAUUAAAAUCAGGCCAGUAUAUUAAAAGCACAAGCAAAAAUGUUCCAGGUCUUCUCAGCCUGGUCAUUAAAUGCUCAUUCAGUUGCAAGGAUCCCAAAGUGAAGGCGUGUUUCUGUCUAAAGUCAACACAGGUAGGUCACAUUUCUCAGAUAUGGCUAGUAAGCAGGCAGCAAACAGUAGGCUGUGCCGUGCCUGUUCUUUGUCAUUUUUCAUAUCACACUUCAUUUUGAAGCACCUGUUUUUGUGUUUCAGAAAGGUUUUUAAAAUGUUCCCCCAAUGUUUUUUUUUUCUUUAGCAUCGUUAAUGGUUGUGCUAUGCGGAGCUCGCGGUGAGAGGAUGGACUAUGACCGCAGUGUACUGUAUGUUUAAGGAAUGUGGUCGAGGGGAAGGGGGGGCAGCGCUGCAGGUGGACAGGGAGGAGGAAAAUGAAGACCGCAAAGAGUACUGAGUUCUGUGGGCGCACUGUGCCUUAUGUGCUUGAAAAGUUGUGUGUGUGUGUGUGUGUGUGUGUGUGUGUGUUUUGAAGAAAUGGCCAUGUGUGCUGUAGAUAGCAGGUUAACAAUAGAAUCAGUUUGCCUUAAAAUGAAAGGAAUAUUUGGACAUUACCAUUAUAGCAUACAUAAACUGAGCUCCAGAUAAUUUUAGUUUACAUCUAAAGUAAUUAUAGUUUGCACUUAAUUUUCUAAAAAAUAAGCUUCUGGUUGUAUAAGUACAGCAUAUGUAGACACAGUAAAUAUAAGUACCAUUCAAUAAAUAAUAUGCUAGAAAACAUUUUUAAAUGAUCUUUUUGUUAUCUAUGAGUAUUCUCAUAAAAGAUUGAAUUUUAUAGGAUUAUUAGCUAUAAAGAAUAAAUGUGUAACAAAAAAGAAAUAGAGCAGAGCUGUGGGACUGUGAGCAAACAGGGAAGUGUUCUCUGCAGUCACAUGGGAUCUGGGAGAAAUUCUGGAAAGUGUACGCAGUGCAUGCCUUGUAACUGUGACACUUUUAGUGCCGUGGAAAUAUGUGCUCUGCGUCUUUAAACUUUGGAGCUCUUUCUUUGUACAUUUGGGUGCAGUGCAACCUAACUUGAGCUUGGGAAACACAUUCUUCCCUCCCCAGCUUUACAGUCUCCACUCAGGACUAUCUGUUCAAUGGAUACUACUUAGUGAUUAGCUCUCUGUCAUGUCAAUCAAAUCAUUGUUGCUAGCAAACUGUUUUGUCACUGUAGCAGGGCUCUGGUGCUGCAAAUUUAUCUCUGACAGAGGAAGAAUGCUUUUGAAAACAGUUCUUCCGUGAUUUGCUGAAGCUUAAUGUGACCUGGGAAGGAAAUGUCCCGUCUCUGGUAUGGGAAAAAAGGGAGAAGACAUCAGCCAGUUAACCAUAAAUACACUCUGGUAGUGUCGGUGGCUGAGUAUCACCGCAGGAUCGAUGCUCUAAAUACUGAAGAACUGCGCACACUCUGCAGACGGCUCCAGAUUACUACAAGGGAAGACAUCAACUCAAAGCAGGUUGCUCCAGCAAAAGCAGACCUGGAGCCUGAAUCUUUCCGACCAAACCUAAGCGACCCCAGUGAACUCUUACUGCCUGAUCAGAUUGAAAAGCUUACUAAGCACCUUCCACCAAGAACCAUUGGCUAUCCAUGGACGCUUGUGUACGGUACUGGGAAGCAUGGUACAAGUUUGAAGACCCUUUAUCGAACAAUGACAGGUUUAGACACUCCGGUGCUGAUGGUGAUUAAAGACAGUGAUGGACAGGUUUUUGGUGCAUUAGCAUCAGAGCCAUUUAAAGUAAGUGAUGGCUUUUACGGUACUGGAGAAACAUUUGUUUUCACAUUCUGCCCAGAAUUUGAGGUCUUUAAGUGGACAGGAGAUAAUAUGUUUUUUAUCAAAGGAGACAUGGAUUCAUUAGCAUUUGGUGGUGGAGGAGGGGAAUUUGCUCUUUGGCUUGAUGGAGAUCUCUACCAUGGAAGAAGCCAUUCCUGUAAAACGUUUGGGAAUCAUACACUUUCUAAGAAGGAAGAUUUCUUUAUCCAAGACAUUGAAAUCUGGGCUUUUGAAUAAACACAGUGCUCUUGGUUGUAGCAGGACAUCGGCCCAAACCUGAAUGGACAAACGCAUCGUUUGGAAUGUUCAAGAAGCAAUACAAUUAAUAUGUCACUCGUGCUUUAAAGUCAGUCUGUUUGGCCAUUUACUGCAACUAUAAUUUUGGAGUUUAUUUUUCCAAUCCUGUUUCUGUCCCAGAGUUCUUUUGUUUACACCAUGGCCUGGGAUCCAGUAGUGGGAUCCAGUAGUGUAACAGCGGGUGGAAUUUGUCAGCACAGUGCAGCAUUUGGAUCAUAGAGGCCGCCACCUUUUCAGUUCACGUCAUCUCAGUCCUAACUGGAUGGUGCUCUGUUCAACUUGUUUUUAAUCUGUAUUGAUUCUUUUUAUAGAGCAGUGUACUCGGGGCAUUGAGGAAAUGGAGCCUAGAUACUUUUGUAUCUGGUGGAGUUGGCACAGGUGACAUUUGGGCCUACUUACAUUUAGUUCUAAAUAAGAAACCACAUGCCAAAAUAAUACAUGCUUCAUAGACCUCUUCUAGUUCUAAUUCACUACAGCAUUCUCUUUAUUCAUUUUGUAAACAUUCUCUAUUUCAUUUUAAGAAUGAAAUUGGAGGGGCAGUCUGAUUGGCAUAGACCACAGCGCACACAGUCUGCAGGUUUGGGCGCAUGUUUUCAUCACUGAAUAGAGGAGAAUUGACAGAGGAGAAUGGGAAUUCAAUGAUUCUAUUGGAUUUAAUAUAUUAAGCAAGUAAUACUAUUUACAUAUUUGUAGCUUAAUAGGGCAUUAUCAUAAGUACAAAACUAAAACGUGCAUAUUUCUUCAACAUUGUGUCAGAUACACUGUUUUACAGUUCUCUUGUUCAGCCUUGUUGCAUACCAACUACCCCAAGACAUUUUUGUUUUGUUUUGUUUUGUUUCUUCUCAAAAGGAAAAAAAAUUGUUUUGAAAUAAAAACGUGUUUUUUUCUAAGUGGUAUAUGUUAUUAGUUACCAUUAGCAUCUGCUCUUAUAAAAGGGCAGUGACUGUAGUAGACAAUACUGUAAUUCAGUAGACUUGGUGAAUGUGCAAGCUUACUGUCAAGUGGCCUCAAAAACGAAAAGGUAGAAUAAACUAGCAAUUGUAUUCUUUCUUGUAGGAAACCAACAAUAAGCCAUGUGGCAACAAUUCGUCAGUUAAAUUUCAGAGCUUCAUGUUAUGCAAAAAAAUAAAUCCUGCUGUUAUACGUGACAGUGACAUUGUGCUGAAAAUUCAGCUGUUCCACACAAAUGUUGUAUAUCUUGUAAAUUGAUGUCUAAAGAUAGUUUUGUUCUUAUAGAAAGUGUUGACUGCCAGGUUGCUUAUAGCACUUUAAAUUAUUCUGAAGAUGAAAUUACCAGCCAAGUAUGUUGGCUUAAGUAGUUUUAGUUAUAUAACUCUUAAAAAUACCUAGUUCUUUUGGGAACAGUUUAGAUAAUUAUCUAAAGAAAACAUACUAUUAAUCAGAAUCUCUGGUGUUGUAUGACACGCUGUUGCUAAAGAUGAAUAGAAACGGCAUCGUUUCCUCGUCUGUGUAAAGCUCUCAUUACAAGUUAGGUAAUAGUGUCUAGGUUAGAGGUUUAUAAUAUAAUAUAAGGAACUGUAAAUAAAUGUACCCUUCCUAUUAGUCUUCCACAGCAGUAUUAUUGUCUUUGUGGAGGUGACUAAAUCACAAAACUUUAAACAUCCUGUAAUGGAUUCCAACUACAAAAAGGACAUAGAGAUGUAUACCAAAUAAAAUUAAAUGCAUAAAUGCAAAUGA